AUGACAAGCCAUGAUGCGACGACAGUGGAUGGAUGUGAACCAUCAGCUAGGCCGUUACAUCCACAGACUCUAGAAGCCGCCUAUAAACUCGGCAUCGACUACCAUGACAAAGGCAAUAUAUUGGCCGCAGAAAGCCACCUACUUCGUGCAUCCAAAGGCUACGAGGAGACGUGCGGUCUACAUGACUCUAAAACACUCGAUGCGCUGGAAUACCUUGGCAUCACAUAUCGAAAACUGGUCAAGCUCAAUGAAGCUGAAGCGACACAUAAGCGCGUCGUUGAGGCUCGAACUGCCAUGUCAGGUCCGGACCACACAGCAACUCUGGUUGCAUGGAAUCGACUUGCAAUGGUAUAUCGUGCCCAAGGAAGACUUGACGAGGCCGAGGAAAUCUACCGAAGAGUAUGGGAAACCUUGGACAAAACUUUGGGCUCAAAUGAUGAAGCAACACUGCGAGCCUCUAUAUCGCUAGGCAAUAUUGCAUUCAACAAGAAAAAUUUCACUGAAGCGGGCGAGAUGUACGCGUCUGCGCUGAGCCGGUAUGAAUCUGUACUUGGACCCGAUCAUCCAUCUACACAGCAGGCCGCUAGCAAUCUGGCAGCUGUGCGCAUCCAUCAAAAACGAUACUCCGAAGCAGAGACCAUACUCCUAACAAUUGUGCGUCAAAUUACAAGAACUCAGGGAUUAAAAUCCGUGAGACUUUUACCACCCUGGCUCAAUCUAUCGUGUGCCUAUGAUGGUCAAGAAAAAUACGACGAAGCACAGAAGACCCUCUCCUCAGUCCUCAGCUCCUAUGAGGAUGUAUAUGGGCCAAGCCAUUCAAAAACGCUAGGAAUCAUACGGCGCAAGGCGAUCACACUCGCCAAACAGGAAAGGCUCACGGAGGCAAUCGAGAUCAUUCAAAAAGCCAUUGACUUGUCGUCAACUGUUGAUGGCUACCCAGACGAUGCGCAAAUUCAGUUAAUGAUAUCCCUGGCUCGCAUAUUUGACCAGCAAGGCAGAUUUUUUGAAGCCCAGCAAAUCCACCAUCAGUUGUCGGAGGCAUAUGAGAACAGAUUUGGGGAUGAUCAUGACUGGACCAUCAGGUCACUGCAAAAUGAGGCAGAGAUGCUUUUCAAGCAGCAAAAAUAUACAGAGGCAGAGCUGGCCUUCCAAGAUGUCACAGAAAGAUGUAAGAAGGCUUUCGGUGAUGAGGACGAGCGCACCCUCUGGAACCUGAUGGGUCAGUGCCACGCCGCUUGUGGAGGCCAAAAGGUCGCAAGUGUUGAAAGUGAUAUUUGGCUACUAUUUUCAAAAUGCGACGAGCUUCCAUCACUUCAAAACGGCAGAGCAAUACUGGUUUUCCAACAGUUGAGCAAGAACUGCGUGACCAGGCGCAAGUUCAAGGAGGCAGAAACCUUGAUGGCCAAAGGAUACGAGAUAUGUCUCAAUAUUUUCGGCCGCGGACACCCUAUCACCAUCUCUUAUGGUUUGCAAGUGGACAAAGUGCGACGACAACUUUGGCAGCAUGAAAAGGGUCAAACCGUCCACAUCUCAAUAUUUCCGAACACGCAAGACCGCACGCCUGAUGCAAUAAUUGACAUCCUUGAAUUCACGACUGCGCUCAGUGUGAAACCAGCAGACGAAUCUGCGCCGCUUCCCUCUCAAUCACUCGCGAAUCUAGCUUUAUCCUAUGGGGAGAAAUGGGAAGAGAGUCGCGAUCCGCGGUAUUUGGAUAUCGGGAUCGACAAACUUGAGACGGCCAUCCUGGUGGGAAAUGAGGACGACGAAAAGCGACCUCUGUGGCUUAAUAACCUGGGAAGGUUCUACCAGAACAGAUUCCAGGCGCGGAAUACGUUAGAUGAUCUUCGAAAGGCAAUUGGAGCCAAAGAAAAAGCCCUUAACCUACAGGAUGAGGCUGGUCCAAACCGUCCAAAAGAUCUGAGUGUGCUAUCUGUGUGGCUUAUCGACCUUUAUGAGCGUGAUUCGGCACUGGAAUUACUAGACAGGGGAAUCAAAUUAGGCGAAGAAGUCCUAUCUUUGACGGUGCCCGAUGAUCCCAGGCGAGCAACAUACCUGAAUCGUCAGGGCAUGGCAUUUUUGCUCCGCCAUGAGCUGAAUGGGACAGUUCUGGAUCUUGACCGAUCGUUCGAGUUAAUAGAAGCAGCGAUGAAAUUGACUCCAAAGACCGAAUCUCAGUGGAAGCUACUCUGCUCUGCAUAUGCAGACCUUUUCAGACAUCGAUUCAAACUCAAUGGAAAUAUUGAGGACCUAGAGGAGGCAGUGAGUCGAGUUCGAGAGGCCAUUCGUGAAGAGGAUGAAGAGAAUCAUAUCUUGUUGGAGUCAUUGGCACGUCAGCUGGGACAUCGAUACAUGACCCUAGGAAGAAUUGAAGAUCUUGACGAAGCUAUCAGGGCAGCUGAGAGAGCAGUAACGCUAGGGCAUCAAGACCAAGAAAACCGGUACCAAGCAGACGGUCUCAUGAGAUUGGGUUAUCUAUUGCUGGAUCGUUUUGACGCAAAAGGACACCAAGAGGAUCUUGACCGCGCUAUCAUGCACCUUGAGCAAGCGCGCAAUACUCCGAAGACAAAUUCGGUUGCACAAGCAAGAUGCUUAAGCGGUCUAGCUGGUGCAUUCAGAUCCCGCUGGAAGCGCACGGGAGAUAAAGAUAGCAUCGAAGCAGCCAUCGAUCAUGAGAGACUGGCACUCAACCUUAUUCCAGACAAAGAUAUCGCAAAGUUAGACGUGAUGAACAAUUUGGCGAACAAUCUGAUUGAUAGAUUCAAGGAUACAAAAAACCCCAGUGACAUGGAAGAGGUUAUUAACCUCCAAGAAACGAUAUUGUCUCUCCGGCCGUCUACCCACAUGCAUUAUCCAGGAAGCCUAAACAAUCUUGCCAACGCUCUUGAGGCACGGUUCACUGCAUUCAGAGAUAUCGAAGAUUUGAACUUGUCAAUUGAAACUUCCGAGAAGGCGCUCUCGUUCAUGCAUGCUAACGACCCAAGUCGUGCUGGUUACUCUUUCAAUCUAGGUGCCAGGUAUUACACCAGAUACUCGGAGACAAAUGAAGAGAAAGACCUUGUUUCCUCCGUGAGUCACCAUUUGAAUGGUUGGCGAGUAAUCAACGGAUUACCGUUCGACCGCGUGCUAGCUGGCUCACAGGCAGUCUAUAGACUGAGAGAUUUGGAACGAUUCGACGAAGCCACAACAAUAGCGAUGGAGGUUGUGGAUUUUCUUCCGUGGGUGACAACAAGAUCACUCCAAAUCACCGAUCAACAAUAUGUCGUGCGCGAGUUUUCUGGAAUUGCUGGAAAUGCCUGUUCUUUGCUCCUGCGGGCGGGUCGAUUGCAAGAUGCACUGGAGUAUCUGGAGAAAGGACGAACGGUCAUCCUGGAUCUGAUGAUGAGUAGUCGAACGGAUCUCACUGAGCUUGAGUCCGUAUCUCCAGAGCUUGCAGCCCGAUUCCGAGAACUACAGGAUGAGAUCAACCAGACCUUCAAUAUUAAGGGUAUGAGCCCCAGUGGAACGGAAGGUCUUCUUCAAAAACGUCUUGCAUCUGUGUCCCAGCUCAAUGAGUGCGUGGAAGUCAUCAGGUCGCUACCUGGACAAUCACAGUUUCUCCAUGGACCAGAUUUUGAGAGUAUUAGGUCUGCGGCGAAAGGAGGGUUCAUCAUUGUUGUUAAUAUCACCACCACUCGCAGUGAUGCCAUAAUCAUCUCCGACGAGAAAAUCGACAGCCUGGAACUUCCCGAUCUAUCACGCUCCCGGACAAGUGAAUGGUUGGAGAAGAAUCUCACUCGGAAGGCCAAGGAUCGAGCAGGUCGAAAAAGACAAAAUGAAGAGUACACAAAUCUCCUCCACUGGCUCUGGGUGUCCGGCGUGAAGCCCAUCUUUGACCGAAUCAAAUUACUUUCCCAGUCUUCAACGGUGACUGGUGCACUACCCAGAAUUUGUUGGAUAGGUAGUGGAGUGGCCAGCAUGCUUCCAUUCCAUGCAGCCUGCGACCGCACAUCUGACUUGAUGGAAAGCACGUUUUCAUAUGCCAUUUCUUCAUAUUCACCCUCUAUCAAGACUCUGUUCCAAGUCAGAGCCAAAUUAAGCGACGCUGCACUCAGUUCCAAUCCAAGCCUGCUUAUGGUCGGAAUGCCGACCACACGUGGUCAUGCGCCGCUCUCCGGCGUUGAGGAUGAAAUUGAAGAGAUUACAGAGGUAGUUGAGCCCUCGUUUUCUGUGAAAAGUCUUCUUCACCCACAGCCGGCCACCGUGCUAUCUCAUCUGGCAUCUUACGAUAUGGUCCACUUCGCAUGCCACGCGUUAUCCGAUAGCAAGAAUCCACUUAAUGGUCACCUGUUGCUCGAGUCUGAUGGUGUUGAAACCUCUGAAUCUGAAAAAUGCGGAGCGUUGACGGUUGAAACCAUUGUCAAAAUGGAUCUGAAAAGAGCUCGUAUUGCAUACCUAUCUGCAUGUUCGACUGCAGAAAACAGGGCAACCAAGCUUCUUGAUGAGGCGAUUCAUCUUGUUAGUGGAUUCCAAGUUGCUGGAUUUGCCCAUGUUUUGGGUACUAUGUGGCCGGCACCGGACUUGGUUAGUCGUGAUGUUGCUGUUGGUUUUUAUCAAAAUCUUGCUGUACUUCUCGUAAAACAAGGUGUUGACCAUGGUCGCGCUGUGGCGGAGGCGUUCCAUUUGGCUGUUAAAGAGGUUCGGUCUGAGUUUGAGGACCAGCCUCUCUUUUGGGCACAGUUUGUACACUUUGGAGGUUAA